GUUGGGAGGAUUGACCUCCGGGACAUCAUGCCUUCCGCGUUCUCUGUCAACUCCUUCCCCGUCAGCAUCCCCGCGGUGAUCACGGUAACUCGCGGCCGCUGGAGGGAGAACCACGGGUUCUCUGCCCCGUAUCGUAGACCGCUGCUGGACGUGGGGGCCGGGGUCUGUGCGGACGUGGGCGGGGCUACGACCGAGAGGCGGGGUCUGCGCGGACGUGGGCGGGGUUAUGGCCGAGAGGCGGGGGCUGGCCGGCUGACCGGGCUGUCCUGCUUUACUGGAGGGGGCAGGGAUGGUCGCAGCUGUGUCUUUCGGUGUUCCGGUGCACAGGAGGCGGGGGCCGCCCCCUGGCUGAGAGUCCUGGGCACUCAAAGUUCCUGAAGGGCCCCAAGGCCCCAGCUGUGGGCAGGAUUUAACUCUCGUGGGAGGUGGUUCUGGGAAGGAAGGACUGAGCAGCCUGGGUGAAGCUGAGCCUCCCGUGGGAGGAUCUGGGUCUGGAGUGUCUCUAGUGCCCGCUAUGAAGCUCCAGACGGGAGACCUGGCCUACACCACUGCUUGGAGGGCUGCGCACUUCGGAAGGCAGGAAAAUCAAGUCCUGCAGAUUAGGAGGUCCAGGAUCCGCGCUAAGGAACAGCACGGGGUCCAAGUUUAACCUGGGGAGUAACAAAGUGCAUCACGUUGCACAAGUGCAUCGACUUGACCUAACUUCCUGUCAUUUAGAGCGUAGUAAUCCCUUAGACUUCACCCAGAUUAGAGACAUAGUUCUAUUCAACCAUAAGGGGUGAGUUGAUGUUCUGUGUGCUCAAACUUCAGAAUCGUUACAAACUUGUGCAUGGACAUUCAGUGGAGGGAAUUAUUUCCUCCCCUUCUCCUUUUCCUGCCCCACAUUUCUGGCCAACCUCGCUGUGUUCUUUGAGUGCCUUGUUCUUGCAGGUAAGUGAGGGUCCACAGCCUCCCACCGCCCCAUGGGAAUGGGUGCCUAACAGUUUGUCCUCACAGCAGACAGACUGGACCGAGCCGUGGCUCCUGGGGCUGGCUGUCUUCCACUUGCUCUGCCUGCUGCUCACUUGCUUCUCAUCCCAGAGGUACAGACUACAGAUCAGUCUCUUCCUGAGCCUCGCAGCCUUAGUCUACUGUGCUGAGUACAUCAAUGAAGUGGCUGCCAUGAACUGGAGGUUGUUUUCCAAAUACCAGUACUUCGAUUCCAGGGGGAUGUUCAUUUCCAUCAUGUUCUCUGCACCACUGUUGCUCAACGCUGUGAUCAUUGUGAUUAUGUGGGUGCGCAAGACUUUGAACCUGAUGACUGAGCUGAAGAAGGCUCAAGAGAUGAGAAAAGAGAGGAGGAGGAGGAGGAAGGAGGAGUGAUGCGCAGCAGGUGCUCUGGACCCUGCACCGUCCCCCUCCUCGUGGUGGCUUCCAGUGCCGAAGUGUGCAUGGCCCGGUCCGAGCUGCAUCUGGGUUGCACAGUGGUCUUUGACUUUGAUGCCUGCUGGGAUAGAGCGCACACUGCAGUUGUUCCUUAAACCCAGCGCUGCACCUUCUCUGGUCCUUGGUUCUGGUCCUCUUGGAGGAGCCCUGCACACCCCGCUUCUGGAGUGGAUCGUGUCGUUUAUGCAGCCCACACUGGUGAUAGGGCCCCCUUAAGACUGACUUGGGAAACCGCGGCUCCCUCCUAGUGUGACUUGAGGUCUGCAGCAGGCUCUCCCCCGCAGGCAGUUUCUCUCCAGGGGACUUGUGGCGGGGUGCUUGAUGCUUGCACCUGGAGGAGAGGCCCUGGUGCACUGUAGCAACUCUCUUCGUAUUUUGUCCCCAUGUUAGGAAAAGUCCUGCAAGCCAGAGUUACCAACAGACGGACUCGUAAUUCAGGUAAUGUGUGUGGUGUGAUGCUACUUAAAGAGCUUUGCAGUGUGUGGGCUGGGGCCUGGCACACGCAGGACCCUGGGUUCCGUCCCCAGUACCACAUGCACACACUUGCACAGUUUGCGGGGUGUGACCUGUCCUGUGUUCAUUCUGUACAGUGAAAGUCUCAAAGAUGAUCUUCUGAUCUAAUAACAUUAGCACAUGUUUUACCGUAUAUUGAUAUUUUGUGUAAUCCAAGUCUGUGGUACCCUGUUCAUUGCUUUUCAAUAAAAUUCAUCUU